AUGGACAUCCACUGUCCUCCAUUAUACUCUACCAUUCUUACAACCCGCCAUCCUCACUGGGAUACCCAAGAAGAUGCCAGUCAUCAAGCCAUGCAUAGUACACAGCCUUUCAGACCUCAGAAAUAUCCUCGACUAUCGUCCAACCUCACCGAGCUCUCUUUACAAGUUUACGAAGUCCCUAACCAUUUGGCUAGCCAGAGCCAACAGCAAUUUCUAGAAAAUUACACCCCUCCCGAAUUUGUCGAGCCGAUAUCCUCAUUCGCUGAGACAAACCAACAGGGGGUCCCCAAUUCUAGCAGCUGUCUUCAAGCCCAGCAUGUCCAGUCAUACCCCUCCUUCAAACCCAAAAACUAUAAAUCCAUCGCAGCGAGCUUUACCGGGUCUAAUUCAAGCUCUCCAAAUGCCACUGAGCUUAACAUGACGCCAUCCCAUGGGGAUCUUCAGGCAUACAGUGAGCUCCCGCAGGUCUUAGAUGCUAGUAAUAGGCAAGUUCGGACUCGAGAGAUGAACCCCAGAUUGAAUCUCUUUUGCGUCCAAUUCUUCCUGCUUCCUCCACUUCGCAAUACCGAUUGUCAGCUCCACCCUUGGCUUCUGAUUGUGAACAUCAUGGAAAUGCGCAACCGCUGCUCUCAUAUCACACUGAGUCACCAGAAGCGUGCGACUAUACCCCCAUCGAAGCGAUUGAUCAGGUGCAAGAACAUUUCUCUGGCUGUGCCCCCGACAAGGGGAUUGACGAAACCCCGUACCCUGUUGGUCACUCUCAUGUCAAUUUCGAUGCUGCCUUUCCGAUUAUGGAUACAAAUCCGAACCACCUCGGACCCAGGGCAGACUUGGAUGGGCUUCCGUUUUAUCUCGAGUGGCAGCAAUUCAAUCUUGCCGGCGGGACGUGGAGUGUCAAAUGACACCGAAGGCCUUAGUGAUUCUCUUCCGAAUACUGCAACGCCUUUAAAAGAGCUAGUCAACGGCGCCAAAUGGAGCCCUGAAGUCGUGGCGAAGCAGGCUGUACGCAAACUCUUUGGCCGAGUGCGCUCGCGAACACGAUUUUCACCCCCCAGCACACUGAAAGAGCUUUAUCAAGCUGGCUUCAACAGCCUCAAUGCAAGGACGUGUCGAGACCUUUUGGUCAAGUGGAUGAUUAUUAUGGGAAAGACGAAAGGGUCGCCAUACGUGAAGAAACCAAGCUGGUGGCCCGAUAAUAUCAAAUACCAGAGUGCUCGAAUGCUGUGUGGCUUUGAGAUCAAAACAGUCCUCUUUCAUAUGUUCUACAGUAAACAAGGCCUUGUUCUCUUUGGGAGAUUUUAUGCCGCUCGGAAGGACGUCAAAAUUACCAAAAAAGACGAAGAGACUCUAGCAUGGGCUCUCUAUAUUCGAAGUGUCUUCAAAACCGAUAUCAGGCUUCGACUGCCUGAGGAAAUCUCGGUGUAUCAAUAG